UUAAUCAAAAACGCUUAAAGCAAAUAAAAACAACCAAACAAACCUCCCUCGUUUUAUUCUAAAAAGUGAAUGAUAAAAAAAAGCAAGCAAUUCUUCCCCUUUGCGAGUACACAAAGAAACAAAACAAAGGUAUAAAUAAAUCAGCAAACGUUGUCCAUUAUAAUUAGUAAUGUAAAUAAGUUUGUCGUUUGCGUUUUAUUUAAGCCUCCGUUAUUCCCUAAGCAUUUUCAAAAUGCUUAGCUUUAUUGUUAAACCAUCGAAAGACGUCUCCGUUAACUAUAAUAAACGACUCUACGGUGCAACACUUCCGAAAGUACCUGUCCCACCGCUGGAACAAACUAUGGCCGAUUAUAUACGUGCCUUGGAGCCGGUUACCGCGCCCGCUCAACUAGAACGCACCAAAGCCAUUAUUCAACAAUUUACAGCACCAAACGGUUUAGGUCCAAGGUUACAUCAAUACUUAUUGGACAGACGUGAAGCAGAAGAUAACUGGGCAUAUUAUUAUUGGUUGAAUGACAUGUAUAUGGAUGUGCGUUUAGCUCUGCCAAUUAAUUCAAAUCCAGGAAUGGCUUUUCCACCACGACAGUUCACCACAGUACACGAUGUGGCAAGAUUUUCAGCACAAUUGCUUGAUGGUAUUAUGCUUCAUAAAGAGUUGCUUGAUAGCGGUAAACUUCCGCAAGAGCGUGCAACGUCACGGGAAAAGAAUCAACCAUUAUGCAUGGCUCAAUAUUAUCGUUUGUUGGGCUCGUGCCGACGUCCUGGUGUAGAACGUGAUUCCCAAUACUUGCCGCAGCAUGUCAGCGAAGAACAAUAUGUCAUUGUUUUUUGCCGCAAUCAAAUGUAUUGCGUGAUCUUGAAGGGUCGCGAUCGCGGCAAAUUAUCGGAAAGCGAAAUGGCAUCACAGAUUUUAUAUAUACUCAGUGAUGCUCCAUGUUUAUCCACAAAACCGCCACCUCUAGGCUUGCUAACCGCCGAGCCACGUUCACAAUGGGCGCAGGAUCGUACCACUAUUUUAUUGAGCGAGCGCAAUCAACGCAAUAUCGAACUGUUAGAGACAGCGUUAAUUGUUUUGUGCUUAGAUGAGCCAUUGCCAUUAGAUUUUAAUGCGCGCAAUUUUCCCGGUGCUACACCAUCAGUACAUUAUGCAGGUCAACGUGAUGAGACUAAUAUGGCUCAUCAAAUGAUACAUGGCGGUGGCAGUGAAUACAAUACCGGUAAUCGUUGGUUUGACAAAACUAUGCAAAUCAUCGUAUGCACCGACGGAACUUGGGGUCUCUGCUAUGAACAUUCGACAUCCGAGGGAAUUGCUGUCGUUCAACUAUUGGAGAAAAUCUAUAAGAAAAUUUUAGAUAAUCCCACGGAUGGCAACGGCGUACCUCAACAUCAUUUACCACCACCUGAACGUUUAGAAUGGGAUUUAACUAUGGAUAUACAAAUGCGUUUCACUCAAGCUGCCGUUUCAGUUGAUAAAGCUAUUAGUAAUUUGGACUUCCAUGUUUACCGAUACAAGGGCUAUGGAAAAAAUUUCAUUAAGGGUUGCCAAGUUAGUCCCGACGCUUAUAUACAACUAUCGUUGCAAUUGGCCUAUUUUAGAUUAUAUGGUUAUUUAGUGACCACUUAUGAGAGUGCAUCGACUCGGCGAUUCCUUUUGGGUCGUGUGGAUUGCAUACGCAGUGCUAGCACCGAAGCUCUAGAAUGGGCUAAAGCAUUAUGUCAGAACAAAGAUGCCAAUACAGCUAUAAAAAAUUACACUGAAUCGAAUCAGCAGAAAGAUCGAAUACGUGAACUCUUCCGUUGUGCGGUGGCUCGGCAAACUGAGGUUAUGGUUCAAAAUAUUUUGGGUAAUGGUAUAGAUAUACCAUUGCUAGGAUUGCGAGAAGCUAGUCGCGAAGUUACCGGACAAUUGCAUGAACUUUUCACAGAUGAAUCAUACAAAAUAUCGCAAUGUUUCUUGCUGUCAACUAGCCAGGUGGCUUGCAGCACUGAUAGUUUCAUGGGUUAUGGUCCUGUAACGCCACGGGGUUAUGGCUGCUCCUAUAAUCCCCAUCCCGAUCAGAUUGUAUUCUGCGUAUCCGCCUUUUUGGCUUGCGGUGAAACGAGUGCUUCAAGCUAUGCCAAAUCAUUGCAAGAUUCAUUAGAUGUCAUGAAAGAUUUAUUAGAGAAUUAAUUAAAUGUUAUACGAUUAGAAAUUAAUAUACUAAAAGACGUUUAUGUACACUAUACAUACGUACACAAGUGCAAUAUAUAUACAUAUAUAUAUAUAUAUCUAUACAUAUCAUUUAAUGUACCUUACAAAGCAAAAACAUGAAACCAAAACGAAAUGUUUUAGAGAAAUUUAUUGAAAAACAUAUAUGUUAUAUAUAGUUGUUCAAAGUUUAAAAAACAAAAAAAAAACAAAA